AUGGUGACGUUGCAGAAGGCUCUGUGGGGGAUCAUCUUGGUGGUGUUGGUGACCUGCCCGUACCACACACAAGCCAGGAUUGGAACGUUCUGGCACGUGACAGAUUUCCACUAUGACGUCAACUACACUACAACAGGUGACAGUCAAAACAUGUGUUGGGACCACAGGGUGGACAACACCUCUCCCGGUAAGUUUGGGGACUACGGCUGUGACACACCCUUGGAACUGGUCACGGCAGCCAUACAAGCCAUGGUCAAGAUCCAACCCAAACCUGACUUUAUCCUCUGGACCGGGGAUGACACAGCUCACGUGGCAGACAAAUACUUUACCACGACCAAAGUAGUGAACAUUAUCCAUGAACUGACUGACAAACUCAACAGGAGUUUCCCCAAUACUACCUUCUUCCCUGUACUUGGUAACCACGACUACUACCCCAAAAACCAGGUGCCGGUAGGAGAGAGCGACUUACAGGGAGAGGUGGCCAAGCUGUGGAAGAAGUGGCUUACUGACGAGGCUCACGAGUCCUUCCAAAAGGAUGGGCGCUAUUGGACGGACGUACCAGGCACCAACGUGACCAUCAUCGGCUUGAACACACUCACCUGGUACAAGAGCAACACUAACACCGCCAAACUGCCGGACACCGACCCUAAUGGCCAAGAUCCUGGACAACAGUUCGCCUGGGCUAACAAUAUCCUUACUAUCUUGGCCAAGAGACGCCGUAGAGUGUACCUCAUGGGCCACAUCCCUCCCGGUACGUUCGAGAGGUACCAACAGAAGAAAGAGGGUUUCCACUGGUACCAAACCCGCUACAACGACCAGUUCAUCAAGAUGGUUCAGAAUCAUGCCGAGGUUAUCGAGGCUCAAUUCUUCGCUCACCACCACACCGACUCCUUCAGGUUGUUUUUCAAGAACCAGCAGGACCACGAUCCAGGCAUCCCCGUUUCUUACCAGCUGAUCGCGCCUGGAGUCACACCCUGGCGCUCUACACUCUCUAAGGAAACCGGUGCCAACAAUCCCGGUAUCCGGCUCAUCUCUUACGACACGGUCACCGGUAAGGUGAAGGAGGUGUCGACCUAUUACUUGGAUCUGGCUCAGGCUAACAAGGACGGAAAGGCAGACUUUAAGUUCGAGUACAACUUCACCUCUGAGUACAACCUCACCUCCAUCAACCCCGAGUCCCUCUACAACCUCGCUAAGAAUAUGAAGAAAAACUCGACGCUGUUCAACAAGUAUUACAAGGCCAACACGGUGAGUCUCGAGUCCCCGUCAGUGUGCACCACUAAUUGUCAUCUGCUACACUGGUGCUCCAUUACUGAGGUCAACUACAAUCGCUUCAACACGUGUAAUGCCGCCUCUAUCACCUCCCUCCACUGGGCCGCCGGCAGCCUGUUAGCAGUCGGCCUCCUUCUGGUCAAUCGCUAACACCAAGUCAGUGAGAAUGGUGCAUCAAAUCCAGAGACAGUGCACCAAGUCAGUGAGAAUGGUGCAGCAAGUUCACAGGCAGUGCACAAAAUCAGUGAGAUGGUGCACCAAUUCCAGAGACAGUGCACGAAGUUAGUUGAGAAUGGUGCACGAGAAGUCGAGAAGGAAACCACACAACAAAUUAAAUAUAGUCCUCGGAGAUAAUUGUAAUUAUUAGUAAAAGGAUCAAAUGUUAACUAUAACUUAGUCAUAAUUUAGUUUGUUUUUUCUAUUGAAUUUAAAUUAUAUUUCUUCUAAAGUUUAAUAAUAAUUGGGAAUAUAAUUUUAAUAUUUUAAGUAUAAUAUAGACAGUAAAAUCCUAUAUAUUUUAUUCAAGUCUUUAAUAACAUAUAAUACAAA